CAAUCGAAACGAAGUUGGAUCUCGCAGGACUGCCUGGUCACAGGUUGCCUUGUGUGGCAGUGCACCGUCUUGUUGGAAAAACAUUUAUUGCAGAGCCGCCACUGCAAGCGUUCUGAUCUGUUGGUCGAUCUUCCGGAUGGCACAGUUCAGGGCGUAGAAACCGUAACCGAAAAAUACACAUACUAUUCUUACCGAGGUAUUCCAUUUGCGAAGCCUCCGCUAGGAAAUUUGAGGUUCCAGGCUCCAGUGCCGAACGAACCAUGGGCCGGAAUUCUAGAUGCUACGGAAUACAAAAGUUGUUGCCUAUCGAUGACUUUUUCUGUAGAUGAACCCCAACAAAGUGAGGACUGCCUCUACGUCAAUGUUUACACGCCUCCACGAAAUAUAACAGAGAAACUGCCGGUAAUGCUGUCGAUAUAUGGUGGAGCGUUUGGAACCGGAUGUGCCGCAGCUACUGUCUCAGACCCCCACCCUCUUGUGGCAGAAGACGUCAUUGUGGUUUCGUUCAAUUACCGUGUCGGUUUGUACGGUUUCCUGAGUACCAACGACAGCGUGAUUUUAGGCAACGCCGGACUUAAGGACCAACUCUUGGCGAUGAAAUGGACCCAGAAGAACAUUGAAUUUUUCGGCGGCGAUCCAGACAAAGUGACUAUAUUUGGCGCGAGCGCCGGUGGCAUAUCAGUCGGGAUGCAUGUAGCGAACAAGAAAUCGACAGGAUUAUUCAGAGCCGCGAUCUGCCAGAGCGGCUGUGCGCUAACGCGAUUAUCUUCCACGUCUCAACUUGAUCCGAAGAAAGCUGCCUACGACAUUGCCAGAUCUAUCAAUCCCCUGAUCUCGCAGAGCAGCGAGGAGAUCAGGGAUUUCCUGCAGAGUGUACCGGCGGAUGUUUUGACUAACGCUUACAACGCAAAUCCCCAGACAGGACCCAUAAUAGAAGUCGACGAUGAAAAUGCGUAUAUAACGGAGCCUCAAUUCCAUUCGAUCGAAUCUGGAAACUUCAACCAAGUGCCUCUCAUGAUAGGAACAACUGCCGCCGAAUUACUUACGUUUUACGGGCUUCUGUGGGCUGAACUUAUAGCCAUCGCACUUUCUUUUGAUUUGAAUGAGGAGUCGUUGAUACCCUUCAGCCUGAACCCAUUGCCGGGUACCAAUUUGACCAAAGUUGCAGGUUUGAUCAAACAAGCCUACUCUGACAAUGAAUCAUUUGUGUUAAAUUUGGGCCCAUUUAUUGAGUUUGCCAGUGACACCGACUUCGUACGAUCGUCGCUCAAACAUGCCGAACUUCAAUCCAACUACACUCCUGUCUAUUUCUACCAGUUCUCAUAUUCCGGACCAGUGGGUCAAUUUCAUGUGAUUGUUGAUGGUGCCGGAAAAACGGGACACGGAGAAGAUGAGAUGUAUCUCCUCGACGUCCCACUUUUCCAAUUAACCACAGAAGAGGAGUUUCUAACUAGAAGGAGAAUGGCCAGACUAUGGACCAACUUUGCCAAGACGUUGAAUCCAACUCCUGAUGAGACGGACCCGCUUCUUAACGUAACAUGGCCUCAAGUUUCGGGCUCAAAUAUUCCUUACCUGGAUAUAGAUGCCACUCUGCUGGUCAAGCCCGGUAAAAAGGUUAAAGAAAUGGCAAUGUGGAAUGAGGUUUUCUACAAAUAUGGCCAGAAACCCUUCCUAGGUUUCUAAUAACUUUGAAAAAUAUAAGUUUUGGACAGCAAAUUAGAUUUUUAUUUAACUUGCCACGUCUUUUUUCCACUGAAGAUGGAGGGGAGACCGAAGCAAUCCUACUAUACUUUGCUCACUUUGCUACCGCUUGGAAGCAGUAAGUAUAGGGCCCAAGCAGCUCAGUUUCUCAAAAUAUGGGCGGGGUAUAAAAAAAGAAAGUAAAUAAAUCAAAGGUUGGAAACCUUUGCCAGCUAGGACAAAACCCCAACCUACACUAUAAGUUAGUGAUAGUGACUAGUGUCCUUGCUCACUAGCCACCGAACAAACUCACAAAGUUAACAAAGUUCGAACCCAAAUAACCAAAAACCAAAUAAAUAAUUAAUAAAUAAACCGGCACGUCAGUUUAAAUCUCCAUAUAUUGGCUCAAGUACACACUAAGCACAGGAAGCUUGGUUACGAUCGAUCGUUUACAAAUAACUCUUACAAAUGUUUCUAUAAUUGGGUACUUUAUCUUUACCUUAACUGAGCUCUUUAAUUUAUAUUGAUAUUUAAAAAUUGAAAUUGUAUUUAAUAGGAAUAAAAUUAACCGAAACGUAAAUAGAGGCUUAUCUGUGAUCCUCCAGUUACCAGCAACGAACGAGUCGGGCAAGCUCUAAGAUGGCUGUCCUGUAUACUGCCUACGGGUUCACCAGUCAGUGGGAUAGGCACGAAUGCUUAUCACUCUUGGACGAGGAGAUAUGCACUGCAACGUCCUGAACCGAGCUAACUUGAAGACUUGAAGAAUUCUUGGGUUGCAGAAUUCAUAACACGUGCCGUCCACGAUGUAAGGAGGCACCAAAUCCAAUUGAACCGGAACUGGGGAAGCCAGUACCAAAUGGGAAGCCAAAACCAGUCCAACAAUCAAAAACUGGUUCCAAAAGGAAAACCAAAUCCAAAACCAAAAUCAAAA